ACUAGUAGUUAAUUUAGGUAUAAACGAAAAUAGCACAGAAAAUAAAUUAAGGAGUUUUUACAAACCCUUGUUCAAAUACAUACAAGUCUUGCUGUAAUUGACGAAAUAGCUAAUAAAAGAUUCCAUAUGUGCAAUAAUGGCUACAACGGCAUAUGAACUAGACGCAGAUGGUUCCAAAUUUAUUCCUGCUACUCAGAGGCCUGAUGGUACGUGGCGAAAGCCAAGACGGGUAAAGGAUGGCUACAUACCUCAGGAAGAAGUACCUCUUUAUGAAAGUAAAGGAAAACAAUUCAAAGCUAGACAGAACACAGGUUUACCUGUGGGGCUCACUCCUGAAAUAGUUGCUGCUGCACAGAAACCUAAAAAGGGUCAAGUGGGCACCAUUCAACCAAUACCUGGUAUGAUUAUUAAUGUGGACAAAAAGAAGAAGAAGAAGAAGACUGGAGCCGAUGAAGUUACAGAAAAACUAGCAAAGUGUGAAAUAACAGAACCAACAUUUAGCAGUCCAUCUCCAUCAUCAUCAGGCAAUAACACACCAGCAGCUAGUCAAGCAGAUCCUGCCAAGAGAUUGAAGAACUUAAAGAAGAAACUAAGAGACAUUGAACAACUUGAAGAAAAAAUUAAAUCAGGUACAUUGAAAAACCCUGAUAAGGAUCAAAAAGAAAAAAUGUCUAAAAAGAGUGACAUUAUUAAAGAAAUAGAAUUAUUAGAGACUCUAACUAGUUAAAUAAGUUAAGUUAAAUGAAAUGAAGUUUCUUAAUUGUGAAUGGAAUAUGAAAUCAUGUUUUAUUGGUUUUAAAUAAUUGUGUUGUCUUAUGUGAGGAUGCAGCGACAUAAAAGGUUUCAUUUAAAUAUAAAUUAUUUACAAUU